AUGUGUCCUGGAGGAGAUGGUAACGUGUAUCGCUGCCAAGAAUGUGCCGGCCUAUGGCAUCGGGGCUGCAUCGGCGACCAAGAACGAGCCAUCUUGCGACGGUACUUUACGUUCACGUGCCCGUCAUGUGCCACCUACAGAGACGCCCGAAAGCAGCACGCUACCUCGACGCCGACCACUCACUCCAUGAGCUAUCCUCAGACGCUCCCCGACUCGAGAACGCAUGUCUUCACAACACCCGUAAUUCCAUGUCCGGAACUUCCUGUUUCCAAACCGCCACCUGCACAAAUCUCUCCGCCACUCAUCGAUGUAAGUGUUCCCAACCAGAUCACCGAACAAGACCCUUCGCCACACGGCUCCCUGCCAUUUGUCGGCAACACUCCACUGGUCCCGACGCCGCUGGUCAAGCCGAUCCCGUCCCCGCUCGUCGACUUGACUCGACCGGACUUGACCACACACUCCCACGGCUCCCUGCGAUUCGUCGACAAGACGCCACUCGUCCCGACACCUGCGCCACCGACGCCGACCAAGAGACGCACGUCACUGACCGGCUCGCUGCAGUCAGCACCGCUCCCAGCGACUCGUCGCUUGUCCACGACGUCCCCCGACGCCGGAACUACCUCGCCCCCGCCUGCCGCCGCCGCUGCCGCCGCUCGCCGCCCCCCGACUCGUCACAGACACUCGAUCCGCUGCUUGCACGGCCUGACUCGUCACCGACGCUUUGUUGACGCCACGACGCCCCGCCAGCACACUCCACAAGCCACGAGCGUGACCAAGACCCGGGCCGCACAGCCGUCCGCCCACCCAACACCGGCCGCUAAGCACCGGCCUGUCGGCGAGGCCGAGCCGGGCCGUGCCGAGCACCGCCCGCGCCUGCUGCCCGCCCGCACCUUGGCCGCCGCCGAUCCAGAGCCGCUACCGCCGCCCGCCGCAAGGGACAGCUGGUGGGUUGCCACCUCCAGCCUCGCCAUGAAGCCCUCGUCACACUGA